GCUGCUAUCAAGUCGCACAUUAAUAAUCGUUGCAUCGUAUGCCAAUAUUUUUGCGACGCUACGUUUUGUAUAGUCACCUUAUUUAACUAUCGCAUACACUAUUUUACAUUCAAACGACGUAUAUAAUCACUAUUAUCUACCUUUUUAAUUGCAUUUUUUUUAGCUAACCUAAAUGCUGUAGCUUUGGUGCGUAAAGUGAGCAGGAAGUUAAUGUUUUCCGGGUUUCCCAUGGUUCCUGAACACAGCACCAUUUGCGACCAGCUGCCUCUGUGUUGGUGCGAUGUGAAGGAGGAGGGGGGGGGAAAGAAUGAGCUAAGCUGGAUGCUUGUUCAGCCAUGUUAGUUUUCUCUGCUGUUCACGAACGAUGAGAGAGAGGAGCCAUGGCCUUGUCAUUGAGCGGAGACGAUGAGGAAUAUGAUUCAGAGUCUGAGCAGCAGCGGGCGGCCAACCGGCCAAAGCCGAAGGUGGGGACGUCGUCAGCUAUUAAGCUGCCAUCCAAUCGCAGCUCAUCCGGAGCAAGACGCAGGAGGACGCGAUGUCGGAAGUGCGAAGCGUGCCUCCGGAACGAGUGUGGAGAGUGUCACUUCUGCAAGGACAUGAAGAAGUUUGGAGGGCCAGGGCGCAUGAAGCAGUCUUGCAUUAUGAGACAGUGCAUUGCGCCGGUGCUGCCUCACACAGCGGUGUGUGUGGUGUGUAAGGAAGCAGGGAAAGAGGACACACUGGAGGAAGAGGAGGACAAGUUCAAUUUCAUGCUGAUGGAGUGCUCUAUCUGCAACGAGAUCGUCCAUCCCAACUGUCUCAAGGUGAGCGAUGCCUCAGGAGUGGUGAACGAUGAACUCCCUAACUGCUGGGAAUGUCCCAAAUGCAACCAUGCUGGGAAAAGUGGAAAAGUAUUGAAGCAAAAAAGGGGUCCAGGGUUCAAGUACGCCUCCAACCUCCCUGGCUCUCUGCUGAGGGAACAGAAGCUGGUCAAGGAGGAGGGGGACGUUUCUUCUGCAGCCAAGAGGAGACCAGACAGAGAGGAGACACCCAGGUACAGACCCGAGGAGUCUCUCCACCGACAGCCACCACUGCUCUCUCCCAGCAACUUGCCCAGGCCUGAGGACAAACUGAGGAAGAAGAGAAAGCUGUUUGAUGAUGAUGAUGAUGAAGAAGAGGAUCUCAGUGUGAGGAAGAAGGAAAAGUCAGAUGUUCCUUAUUUUUCCAAACUUCUACACCAAAUCAAGACCGAAGAGGAGGACGAAGAUGCAUAUUAUGAGGAGGAGGAUGAAGAAGGAAGGGGGCCUCACUUCCGGGGCGUUGUAGAGAGGAAAGGGCGUUUUGGAGACACUGAAGAAGAAGGAGAUGAAAAGGACUCCAAGAAUGCACUUUUGAAUCCCUGCAUUAAAACACCUGUUGGAGACAGUGACCAGUCCCUCUGCAGCUCUCCGCAGGCUGGCCCCAGCAGCGAGGGCGGAAGUGAGACCCAAGAAAAAGGGCCAUGUCCUAAAGCGCGCCGCAAGCGCCGCUUACCUAAUAGAGAGUUGAGUCGAGAGCUGAGCAAAGCACUGAACCAGGAAAUCCAGAAGACGGAGGACUGCCUAGCCAACGAGAACCGCCAACCUCUCAAGGUGGAGCCGGAGACGGAAAACGAGGAACCCAAGAGGUUGUUCCGCAACGGCAAUGAACUCGGGGAUCAGAGGCCCCACCUCAAGACCAAAGAGAUGAACGGGACCCCCUGGGAGCUGCGCCACUUCUACCCGAGUCAGAUCACUCCACUGGGCUUCAACAGGAGCACCCCAACCAACCGGCCGGUACCCCCACACUCCCCACCCAAGUGUGUGCAAAUGGAGCGUCACGUCAUUCGGCCCCCUCCGAUAAGCCCGCCUCCUGACAGACUGCCUCUGAAAGAUGGUAAAACGCACGUCAUACAGCGCGAGGUCUGGAUGAAGAUCUUUGGCUAUCUCACACACCAGGAGCUGUGUGUCUGCAUGAGAGUUUGCAAGACGUGGAAUAGAUGGUGCUGUGAUAAGAGACUUUGGACAAAGAUUGAUCUGAACCGCUGCACCUCCAUCACUCCACUCAUGCUAAGUGGGAUUAUCCGCCGACAGCCAGUUUCUCUGGACCUGAGUUGGACCAACAUUUCCAAGAAACAAUUAAGCUGGCUUAUUAAUAGAUUGCCAGGUUUGCGAGUCUUACGGUUAUCGGGGUGUUCUUGGGCUGCAGUGUCUGCACUCUGCACCUCCAGCUGCCCGCUGCUGCGCACCUUGGAUGUCCAGUGGGUGGAGGGACUCAAGGACCCACAGAUGAGGGACCUCCUUUCACCCCCCACAGACAACAGACCAGGUCAGCUGGAUAACCGCUGCAAGUUGCGGAACGUGGAGGACCUGCGGUUAGCGGGACUCGACAUCACCGACACGUCUUUACGUCUCAUCAGUCGCCAGAUGCCCUCUCUGUCCAUGCUUGACCUGAGCUACUGCAACCAUAUCAAUGACCAGUCUGUUAACCUGCUGACAGCAGCUGGGACCACGACCAGAGACUCCCUCACAGAUAUCAACCUGUCAGUUUGUAACCGAGUCACAGACCAUUCCCUAAACUUUUUUAAGCGCUGUGGAAGCAUCUGUCAGAUCGACCUUCGCUUCUGCAAGCAGGUGACCAAGACGGCCUGCGAAAGGUUCAUCGCAGAGAUGUCUGUAAGUGUACCAUUUAGACUGAAAGAGGACAAACUGCUGCAGAAGACAAGCUAGUUCCGAACAGGACAACCAUUUAUGAAAGACUGUCUUUGCACUUAAAGGAACACGUUUUUCCUUUUUUAACUGGUCCUGUGAAAAGUUUCUGAAUUAAUGUCACAGUUAAACAAACUGAAACAAGAGACGGAUUCCUGGACGGAGAUCUUCAAUGGACUUAAUGAGGUGACGAACAUUCACUGGACAGAAAAAGAGGAAACGGAAUGCAUGUAUUUGUGUUGCGAUUGUACUUUUAUAAAGACGUGCUUGUAUUUGAGUUUUGGGUUGUUUUAUUUUUAUUCUUUAAAUAUUUGAAAACGCAGCAUUUUUAUACAAGCAUAAUUUCACAAGUUUCAGUGUCUCGGAGAUAAAUAUCACGGAGAGACGGCAUUGCAUGUGAACUGAAAAUUGUCCCUUUCCUCAGUUUGCCUUCAUACAACAGUGUCUUCUAUGUGCCAAAAUCUGUAUUUGACAUUAAUGUAACUUUAGUAUCAGGCAAAAAAUAAGCUGUACAGAAAUAAAUUAUCAUAACUACUUCCCAAAUAUUUAGAAUGUAUUUCAAGAAUGAUAAAACAAAGCUAUCAAAUGUAAUAUUCCUCUUACACCCUCAUGUCUUCACUUACCUUAAUACUUUUAUGAAUUGUUGAGUGUUGUGUUUAACAGGCGUUUCGCCAACAUUUCAACAUUAAUUUAUUGAUUUUUUUUUUUUUUUUUUUUCAGUCUGUAUUUAUUCACUUAUUAAGAAACUUCACAUGGAUAUCUCAGAGCUCGGUCAAAUAAUGCUGGCAAAUCCUUUAUCGAGGUUGUUUGAGCCACCCAACACCCAAAAGUCAGCGGCAUGAAGUCGCAGCCAUAGCAACGUGUGACUGACGAUUUACCGAACAGACGAUCUAUAAUGCAGUCAACCUCACACGUGUGGUUUUCCAAACAGGUUCCAGAAACACUUUUGCAUAUAACUAAUUUGUUUAAAUAAUAACUCCAUACAAUAGGUGUUGUGUGUAUCUUGGGGUGUGUUGUGCUGUAACCUAUCACCUCAGGUGAAUGGGUUUAAUGUUUAUAUUUGUAAAUCCAAAAACUAAGUGCUUAUAUGCAUUAAAAGAAUUUCAUUUGUACCAA